AUGUCUUCUUGUGAUUCUUCUUGUGAAUCAGAUGAUUGUUGUUGUUGUGGAAAUAAUGAAGACUCUUCAUACACCGAAGAAGAUUCAACAAUAGUUUAUUCAUUAUUCUCAAUACCCGAAGGAACCAAAACCCUAACGAAAAAUUACUUUAAAAAACACACAUUUACUCAAGCAGUUGUCCCAAAUUUCGUUGAGUCAAUUUCACAAGGCGUUUUCAAGUUAUGUAAAUCACUUAAAAGUGUCACUUUACCAAACUCCGUUACUUUGUUGGGAGAAAAAUGUUUCAAAUGUGAUCACAAUUUAAAGUCGGUUACUCUUUCCGAAAACUUGAGAGAACUUCCAGCCUUUUGCUUUUCAGACUGCAAAAAGUUGCGAGAAGUUGUAAUACCGCAAAGUGUAUCUAAUUUGGGAGAGAAGUGCUUUUUUAAUUGUGGCAUCACAAAAAUUACAAUUCCAGCGACAGUGGAAAUUAUCAGCAAGACGUGCUUUGCGUCAUGUGUGCGACUUGAAGAAAUUGUGAUCGACUCUAAAAUCAAUUUUCUUGAAUCUGAGAUGUUUGCUCGCUGUGAAAAGUUAUCUAAAGUCACUCUUCCAACAACGGUGACUGCAGUUAAAGAUUCUGUUUUUACUGGUUGUGAGAAAUUGGACGUUUCAGUUCUUCUUGUUAAUAUUAAAAGUUUUGGGACAGAGUCUUUUAGUGGAACUCAAACGCCACAAGAUUUAUUUAUAGACGGCAGUGUUUCUGAAAUACCAAUUGGGUGUUUUUCUUUAUGUGAAAAUAUCACUAAAAUUGUCAUUUGUGAUGGAAUAUCGACACUUGGAAGUAAAGCAUUUUAUGGGCUCAAAAAUUUGGUUUCUGUGACGAUUUCAGACUCUGUGAAUUCCGUUGGAGACCAUUGUUUUGAAAAUUGCACAAAUCUUGUUGACAUUAAAAUGCCAAAAAAUGAAGUCAAAAUCGCGAAUUAUCUCUUCAAUCAAUGCUCAAAACUUCAUCAUAUUGAAAAGAUUGAAAAUGUCGAGGAAAUAGGGAGAUACGCGUUUUGUAUGUGCAAAACACUUUUCAAAGAGUUUCCAAAGUAUUUUAAUAAAGUGAAAAGUAUUGGUGAAAGUGCAUUUUCUGAAGUUGGUCUUGAACAAGUCGUGUUGCCUCAGUCAUUGACUUUUCUUGGGAAAAAUGCGUUCUUUUCUAAUGUCAAAAUGUCGAAACUUGUUAUUAACGAAAACGUGAAAAAACUUCCAAGAUAUUGUUUUGGAAAAGCAAUUUGUUUGAAAGAAAUAAAUAUACCAAGUACUGUAGAAAAGGUACAAAAUCACUGUUUUUUCAAUUGUGAACAACUUGAAAAGUGUACUGUGGGGGAAAAUACUCUUUUUAGUGAAGAAGCAUUUUAUGGCUGUAAAAAUUUGUUAGAUACACCAAAGUCGUUAUUUGCUCUAUAUAAAUCAGAUAGUAAAAAAUAUGAUGUUAAAAAAGUUGUUAUUCCAAAGGAAACAAAAAUCAUUUUAAGUGGCGCGUUUGAAGGGUCGGAAAAUAUUGAAGAAAUUAUUAUUCAUGAAAAUGUCACUGCAAUUCGUAAAACUGCAUUUUCCAAUUGCAUAAAUUUGAAAACAGUUGUUUUGCCAAAGUCCCUUAAAAAACUUGGGAAAACAUUAUUCAGUGGAUGUGAAAAGUUGGAAAAUGUUGUUCUUCCAGAAAAUUUAGAAAGUAUUCCACAAUCGAUAUUUCAAGCGUGUUAUUCAUUAUCAAAAAUUGUCAUUCCUAGAGGUGUCAAGAAGAUUGGAAGUUUCGCGUUUUGGAGGUGCCAACAAUUGAAGGAAAUUAUAUUACCAGAGAGUCUUGAGGAAAUUGGAGAAAGAGCAUUUUAUGGGUGUGAAAUGUUAGAUGCUAUUGAUUUCCCCAAAUAUGUGAAAAAAGUGAGUUAUAUGUCAUUUAUGGAUUGUAUAAAUAUUAAAAAUAUCAAUUUAAAUUGUGUUGAGGAAGUCGAACCAUGCGCUUUUAUGAACUGUGAUCAAGUCGAAGAAAUUCAUAUUGGGAAGGAAAUAUGUGUGAUAGCACAACAUGCAAUUAAUUAUUCAAAUUUAAAAAAGGUUUAUUGCACAAAAGAAUCUUUGGACUUUGUUCGUAAUUGUUUUAAUACAAAUUAUUCAAAGAUACAGAUAACAGUCGAGUAA